AUGCGCUUCUUAUUGGUACUCACCUCCUUCGUUCUCGGUUGCCUCCUGUUCAUCCAGGAGGGCAGUGGUGACAUAGGCUCGUCCACGGAUGUGACCACAAGCACCACCGAAAGCUCUGUUCUGAUCUCGAAUAGCACUGGAUCGACUGCCACUAUCAUCGACCUCUCCACAACCCCCUCAUCAUUGGCUUCCCAGGCUUUGAACCCGGACUUAUACGCGCCCCAUUUGACGGAGCAGGGUAAAAGAAGGAGACGUCGUCAAAUCCUUCGACUUCUCCGCAAGCAAAGGUACAGGGCGCGAAAACAAAAACGUGAGCUUGAGAAACUGCUCCGUCUACUGCAGAAAUACCAGAUCACAGAACUGGAGGAGGUGAACAUCACAUAA